CAUUCCUUCAAAUUUGUGUUACAAUGCCCGACCUGUUCAGAACCGAUGACAGCGACCUCGACUACCUGCUAAGCCAGGCCAAAGAUGAGACUGACGCUGCUGCGCAGAAAACGGAGAAAAAGCACAGCAAGGACACUGCGCCCGCAGCCCUUGCCGUGCAAUUGCGCCUGGACGCCAACACAGCCUCCGAGCUCCCGCUGAUACACACCAACCCGUUUGAGAAACGCGAUCCGACGAUCAAAAAGAAACUGCCACACGAGAUCCAAAAAGAGCGUGAGCAGACGACCGGCCGCAAGUGGUUCAACAUGAAGGCGCCGGUGCUGACGGAUGCAAUCAAGAAUGACCUGCGGGUACUGCAGCUGCGUGGUGUGCUUGAUCCAAAGCGCUUUUAUAAGAAGGAGGCCGUAGGCAAGAAGCUGCCGAAAUACUUUGAGAUGGGCACAGUGGUAGAGGACGCGAGCGAGUUCUAUUCAGCACGUUUGACCCGCAAGGAACGACGUGGAAACUUGGUCGUAUUUCAAGCAAAAGGUCGGUCGAUAUUCAUCGCAGGAAUGUCAAUGGAGGCAAAUCGUGGUACAAGAAGCAGCUAGGUGGGAAGAAGCCAUGGUGGCGUGUCGAAGCGGCGUCACUAGAUUGAAACUAUGUAAUAAACGCCUCCGUCCAUAUGUGA